AUGGAAAAAAGUACUAGACGUCAAAUUCAUGAAGCUUUAUUCAGUGACGGUUGCCUUGUAGCAGCAAAAGAUUACGAAUGUGAUCACCCAGAUAUUCCAGUCAAAAAUUUAUAUGUCAUUAAAGCUUUACAAUCAUUAACUUCAAAAGGAUAUGUCCACACUCAAUUUUCAUGGCAAUAUUAUUAUUAUACCUUAACUGAUUCAGGAGUAGAAUAUUUACGUAAUGAAUUAAACAUUCCAGAAGGUAUCUUACCAUUAACUCGUUUAAAGGCUGCUCCUGCAGAACGUAAAAGUAGUAGACCAGCUGGUGGUAUGAGAAGAAAUUAUCCAAGAAGAGCUAGAGAAUAA